AUGCAGGAUCUGUUGGAGGAGCUAAUUUCCAUACUGGAUCAGUUGCUGGACUUGGUCACUGAGGCCCGCACCCCGAAGUCGAAGAUACUAUCAUUAUACAAUAUCCUUAGCAAUCGUCAGCCGGAUAACAGCACACAAGAUUCCAUACGCGACUAUGUCGACUUGGAGCUAGGAAGACAUUUUGUAAACCUGAAGGUGACGGACCCGAAUAUCAUCCCCGAUGUGGGCAAAUGGACUGAGUUCCUAGAGUUCAAAUAUGCAGAGUUAGGGGGGACCUAUUACGCUGUCGCGCUGCAAGUGGUGCUAUCAUUGAUGAGCAACUCCUUUUUAAACAAGCAGCAGGUUGCACAGCAUACCGGCAUCAAACAGCUGCUGCUGCUGCGACUUGAAGCGUGUACAGAGCCUAUUGUGGAAAGCAAACUGACGGAACUUUAUUCGCAGGUUCUGUCGGUCAACUGUAACCCCCAGGACCUGCUAUAUUUAUAUGCAGGGUUACCGGAAUGCCGAUACCCUUUCUUUCAUAUCCUCAAUGAUCUUGCAGAGGAGGUAUCGGACCCAUAUUCGCAGUGCUACCUUGCAUUUGAGAAUUGCGGCUUCCAGCAUGCAUUGGAACCAACCAGAGGAGCUUUGACAGUUAGUAUAUGGAUUGAACUUUUGUCCCUGCUUGACCAGCGUCUUUUGGUGCUGGGUGAACAUGCAUGCCUUGAAGUAAGAGAAAGCUUACUGCUAAUCUCUCGAGAUGGGUUCACAAUGGCGUUUUUCGAUAUGUUUGAUUUUCUGUUGACCACGCUGUAUCACAUCACACUAGUCUUUGACGGGCAAGAGGUUAGCUUAUACGUCGAUGGUUGCUUCAUCCAAACUGUACUUCUUCCGGACGUACUCACAGAGAAUGCCGCUAAGGUGAAGGUGGGGUCCGAUAAGUGUUCUUUCAAGCUAUAUCGGAUGUUCAUCUUGAAAGGAGUCAUGCAUGCCCCAUACUUGCAAACUCUGAACAGAACCAUGAAUAUUAGUGCGGAAUCCCCUUCUAUUUACCAGCAGAAAAUGCUAGAACAUGAUGUUUCUGGUGGACGCGAUCCGAUCUCACAGCCGGAAGACCUCACUGCUGAUGCCAUUCUUGAAAUCGAGGCGCAUGACUGGAUAUUGAACAAAGAAAAUGACGAGGGCGCAUAUACUAUCACUUUCCCUAGCGAAAACGACUGCCAGAGAAAUAUGUGUUUUUACUACAAGUGUGCUAAUAUUUUGUCAUGUAUGGAAACUAUUAAUGCGCUCAGAAUUGUCAUGUAUGCGAUAACCAGAGCCGAAGAUAUCGAUUACUUAUUCAAUUGCCUGAAACACCUCUUUAUUCUGUUGAGGAAUCCUUAUCUGCGAGGCGAUUUUGAAAAUAAGUUUGACUAUGGAAUGUUGAGCACACUUUUGACCAGAGGCGUCCUGAGAAGAUUGAAUGAUCCGAUAAAUAUUGAUUUCCUAAAUUUGAUACUGGAAUACUGCACUACGAAUACCAAUGACCCAUCCUUGAUAGUAAUAAACAACAAAUCUGCUUACAAACAUUUGGUACUGAACCUGGAACUCUGGAUGUCUGGAGAUCAUAAAACUCCUGAAGUACGGGAGGCAGUCAGGUUCCUUUUGUUCCAGUUAGACUGGCUACAGAAUUCAAAUCACCGACACUUUAAUCGCCUGCAAUUAACGAACUUGCGAUUGCUCGAAACGUUUACCAUACAGCAGCAUUUAUUGUUUACAAGAGACUCCGAAGAUAACUUAUUUCUUACACUAUCAAAAGAUGUGAUUUCCUUUUAUGCAUCUCUUUUGGAACUUGAUAUGUUCCCGAAAUAUAUCACUUCUAUGAUGUAUUUUUCGUUCUAUGAGUUAAAUUGCGGAUAUUACCAGAGUGCGACGUUGGUAUUAAAGGCCGUUGAUACGUUAUUCUCGAAAGUUUUAGAGACUGAGGACAGGAAGAAGAUAGGGAAACUAAGUUCAUCGCUAUCAGUGAAAGUACUGAUGAUCCUUCUGGAUGCUGGUAGCUCCGAUGAGGAAGUCGUACUUUUGGUAAUGUCACUGCUGCUUAAGCAUCUACUUUCAAAGCGUGAUAUACAGAGAGCGUUUGCUAAAAGUGGUGGAUAUACGUUACUGUUCUCCAUAUUAAAAGAUAUCCAAUCCGGGCUUACAGGAAAAGUCACGAAUCUAUUGUGCACCUAUGCAUUUGGAAAUCAUAUUGUCCCAACACACAGCGAAAGCACGUCCCUUCUUAUUAGACCGCAAGGCGAUGGGCUACAAAGGAUAGUUUUCGAACUUCAUUAUUUGGCAAUUGCAUUGUUAGAGAUAGCGGUGAUAAAAGCCCCAAAGGAGGAUCAACAAGAGUUGAGUAAAAACAUUAUUACGUAUAUCAACGAGUUGGCGUUACUUCAUAGUACUCACUCUCGAAUAUCGCUUUUUGAUCCAAGCGUAUGCCAACUUCAUGAGAGAUUGUUAACUUUGUUAUUAACUUUGACAGAUCCCAAAUAUCAGGGUUUCUAUAUACAGGCUAUUCUGGACAUUGAACUUCUAUUGAGUAACAACAUAUUCUUUCACUUAAAGAAUGAUGAUCCACCAACCUUUUCGAACUACUUGCAAAAUAUUUUGGUAAUGAAAGGGACAUCCGAUUUAAGUCCUAGCAGAUUACAAGUUAGUAACAAAAGGUCAAAUUAUAUUGAGACCACUAUAAUUAUAAAAAUUGUCCCACAUGUUAUUGAGAAACUUGUAGCCUGCGGUACAAGCUUAAAUUUGCUAUUUUCAAACAAUCCGUCCAUGCUAAAAAAUAUUGUGCGUUUGUUUACGGAAGUAAGACCUUCGUUGUGCACUUUUGAAUUUGAGGCGAAUACUUAUUUGAUAUUUUAUAAAUCGAUUAUGGCUAUAUUAGAAGCUGUGAAGAGUUACAGUUUCAUUCAAAGAAGGACAGCCAAUCUCAAAAAUUUGACAGAUUUCCAGGAGCUAAACAUGUAUAUGUUUUUGGAGAUCUUGAGCGCCCAGAAGACUAACCUUGCAACAGAACAGUGGCGAAUCUUUUUAAAAUCCCUUCUUUUCUACCAAGAGGCCCUAUUCAGUCAAUCUCAAGGUCAUUUUGAAAAAGAAUUUGCUGCCUGUAUUAUUUUAUUUUUGGUCAAUUGUAUUCAGCAGAGUGUGUCUGAUGAUCUUCUGUCCCUGUACAUUAAUGUCUUGAGGACAGUGAUUUUGCAUCACGAUAACAGGCUUAAGUCAUUAUCCAAUGCCAUUAGUAGACAACAGAACCACGAAAUAAAGGAGAUUCUAGCAGAAAUGUUAGUUUCAAACGAUGAGGAAGUCCUGGAUCUUUUAUGUUCCUUUAGAGCAAGGUCAAUUUUCACACCACUUCUAUCAUCUUAUAUCCAGAAUAAUUUGAACAAGAAGGUACCGUCUAGUGAACGACGUGAUUUCAUGCCGGCGUCCAAGGUUCAUGAGUCAUUACUGAAAAUGAAGCAGCACUAUAUCGAAAAUAGGUUGCUCGAACUACAAAAACUUCAUCAGUUAUUCUGUAAAGAUAACGUGAAUUUUUCCAAAAAAAUGAUAAAUGUCGAAGAAAGAAGAAUCGUAAAUCUUCUAAAUGACCUAGAUGAUGAUGCUAACUUUACUUUUGAGACUGUCCAUACUAAUUUUGUGAAUAAUGAACUAUUCAUGGAACUACAUGAUCACAAGUCAGUGAUAUCGCGCGUUUGGACAUUAGAUACUGCGGAGGAUUGCAAUCGCAUGAAGAAAAGGUUAACGACCAUAUACAACUCAGCUCCUCGACUAUUUUCAGGCUCAAGUUGUCCAAUAUUGAAUGUAGAUCCAACCGCAACUAUGAGUAGAGUUCGAAACUCAUUGAGCAGUGUUACUUCUUAUUGUGUUGUAACUCGAUUUGAUUCGCUCAAGUUAUCGGAUCUGGAGAGUGAGGAUAACAAUCGAAAAGUGCUGAAGAGCUUAAAAGAAGGAGAUACUGUAAAACAGGUUUGGAAUUGUACUAUUGUGGUAGGUCUAAAGCUAUAUGAAGGCAUUCUAGUCAUGGGGAACAAAUACCUAUACUUCAUUAAGAAUUAUUUUUUCUCGGCGAGAAAUAAAGUAGUCAUGAAUAUUGAAGACGCUGCUGUCAGCGAGAGGGAUAUGACAACCACUUUGAUAACUGGUGCUAUGCAAGAGAUUGAAGGAACUAAAAAAGAUCACGAGAUAACUCACUGGGAUCUUACAACGCUAGCAUGGCUAAUAAAAAGACCUUUUCUAUUAAGGGACGUUGGUAUCGAGCUUAUUUUUGAACAUGGAAAUAAUUGCUUCUUUAGUUUUGCUAACACGGAUAUACGGGACGAUGUUUACCGAUACGCUGAUAAACUUCCUCGAAGCCAUGAUAUUGACCCAGUCUUAUUUGAAACACUUGAGGAAGUGAAUAAGAGAGCUUCGGACAUCGGCUGUAGAAAUGGUAUUUCUACUGUGUCCCUAUCUGCCAAGUUUGCAAGCGUCUUCUCUCCUGCUGCAAAUCUAUUGGAUUCAUUUGACGCCAUAAGUCUAUGGAGAAAGGGUUACAUCUCAAACUUUUACUACCUGAUGAUAAUAAAUACUUUAGCCGGAAGGACUUUUAAUGACUUGACUCAGUACCCGGUUUUUCCAUGGGUCAUUGCUGACUAUACUAGUGAGGAACUUGAUUUUGAAGAUCCGAGUACGUUUAGAGAUCUAACUAAGCCAAUGGGAGCACAGGAUAGAGAUAGAAUGCAAAAGUUCGUUGAGCGCUACAAUGCACUGUCAUCUUUAGAUGAUCCUUCGUCUCCACCUUUCCAUUAUGGAACACACUAUUCUUCUGCAAUGAUUGUUUCGUCCUAUCUUAUCCGUUUGGAACCGUUCGCAAAAUCUUACCUUCUACUCCAGGGUGGAAAAUUUGGACCAGCGGAUAGAUUAUUCAAUUCGAUUGAACGCACAUGGAAGUCUGCGUCAAAGGAAAGCACAACAGACGUUCGGGAGCUGACUCCUGAAUUUUAUUAUUUGCCUGACUUCUUACAAAAUAUUAAUGACUAUGAUUUUGGCUGCCUCCAGUCUGGAGACAAAGUUGGUGAUGUAAUCCUUCCACCUUGGGCCAAGGGCGAUCCAAAAAUUUUUAUUUCGAAAAAUCGGGAAGCUUUGGAAAGUAAGUAUGUCUCAGAACAUUUACAUCAAUGGAUUGAUCUCAUAUUUGGCUACAAACAGAAAGGAUUAUGGGCUAUUGAUGUUGUGAAUGUUUUUAAUAGGUUAAGUUACAGCGGGGCUGUAAAUUUGGACAGAAUUAAUGAUGAAAAUGAAAGACGUGCAGUGACCGGUAUUAUACACAAUUUUGGGCAAACACCUCUACAGCUCUUCCACGAACCUCAUCCAAUAAGAGAAUUCAAUAGUGUUCAUUGCUUUGUUAGUGGGUUUUGGGAGGAGAUGAGGGAAUUACCAAACAAUACCACAUCGAUACUAUCAGAAAACGCCAACAGGGCUGUAAAGCUGCUAGAGUUUGAAAGAUGUGAUGAACUGACUGCUAGGUGGAUUGGUUUCCCCCAUAACGCCAUUAAAGUAGGCAAUUUCCGUGUAGCGCUGCAUGGUAAUACUUCCAUCAACAUUUGCGGAAAGAUAUUCAAAGAUGUGCAUAAUACGAAAAUAUCAUGCCUUGCUUCAUUCAAUGAAGGAUAUUUUAUCACUGGGGAUGCGGCCGGUCUUAUAAAAAUAUGGAAUUUCUUUGAGGAUCGUGAAGGACUUCAUCUUAAACUCCUUAAUAACUGCUAUGGCCAUAUAAAUGGCAUACACGCCAUUAGCGCGACAAAAGAAUACAGUGCUAUGCUAUCUUGUGAUAUGCAUGGCUGUACUUAUAUGUGGGACCUAUCUAAAGGUGAUGCUUUGAGAACUAUAUCCAGAGAUGCCAAGUGCAUUGCGGUUUCAAACAGUACAAGUCAUUUAAUGGUGGUUGAUAUCUCAAAUAACGUUCAUGUUUAUGACCUCAACGGUUCGAAAUUUGCAAGCAUGUCUCUAACGCAAGAUAUCACUGCUAUAAGCUUUGUUAACUUUGCAUCUCAGGAAAUGUCCAGGUAUCGGCACAUGUAUUGGAAAGAAAAGGAUAUAAUUGUGCUAGGGUUUAUUGACGGGACGGUCUGUUUAUAUGUGCUUGAAUUAAAGAACGGCACAUGGUGCCUCAAUUGCUUGAAGAAAUUGCGCUCAGGAAGAGCUGCUGCCAUUACGGCUCUUGGGUCCAGAGUCAAGCUGGCGAGUUUAAAUAAUGGCUCGCCAAAAUAUGUAGAUAUACUAAGAGUCGAAAUAUCCGCAGGUAACACAGAGGGCGAUAUCUUCACAUGGAAAUGA